UACACACAUAACGGCUUUUUAGCGUCACUUGCACUGUCUGGUCUCCUGUUGUGUGUUUAUUUCUCCUGAGUAGUUGAGUGUGCAUGAGUUCUUUGUGUUUUCCAUUCUUCACGGUGACUGAGUUGGCUUCGCUCGCUUUUCUCGGCUUGAGGAAGAACGGCUGUCUGUCUUAUUUCUAUCGUACUUUUCUGGUCGGCGCACCUUCUAUUCAAGGCGAAAUUCUACCGAAAUGCAGAGCCAACCUUGGGAUCUGAGUCAGUAUGAACUUCACCGGACACCUCAGGAGGCCAUCACAGAUGGCACAGAGAUCACAGUAUCGCAGCGCACCCUACACAAUGAGCUGAUGUGUCCUAUCUGCUUGGACAUGCUAAAGAAUACCAUGACCACGAAAGAGUGUUUACACCGCUUCUGUCAAGAAUGCAUAACUAGAGCGUUACGUAACGUAAAUCGGGAGUGCCCUACUUGCCGUAAGAAGCUAGUGUCCCGUCGCUCACUCCGUGCUGAUCCCAACUUUGACGCUUUGAUUGCAAAGAUUUAUCCCAGUCGUGAUGAGUAUGAAGCUCAGCAGGAACAUAUGAUGAUGCGCAUCAAGGAGCAGCACAACACCAAGGAGUUGACUGCCACGCUUACGGAAGGAAUUCGCCUGCAGAAGAUGAGCAAUCCGCUGCGUCCGAUCAAACGCUUUGGAGAGGAUGAUGACGAGCUAGUGCCCAAGCGAGCACGCGAUGCAGAGGGAGGUGACUACAGUGACUAUACUGGUGAAGGUGACGUGACCCCCCAGGAACAGGAGGUGGACUUGGUACUCUAUCCUCACCCAGAGUGCAUUGAGAAACACCUGAAGAAGAGGUUCAUCAAGACUACAGCUAAUGCUACAAUGUUUCAUCUUGCCAAGUUCAUCUCACUACGGCUCUGGUUAGAGUCACACCACAAUGGGGAUGUAUGUCUUGUUACUGUCAUUCUACUUCAGCCACUGGGAAGCCACCACCACAGCCUGACGACACCACCAACGAGUUUGACAUCUUCGUCUCUAUCGAUGGAGAGUUCACGGCAUUGGAUGGUGUGCUCACUCUUGAAGAGAUCACUGGGCGGUAUUGGAAGAACGUCUCUGAUAUGAAGCCAGUCGAACUGUUCUACCUGCGCAUCUAGAACUGCCUUCCAGAGACCGCUCCUUUCCCCAGCAUCAUCAUCGGGAGAAGUGCGUGUGGUGCUGGUGGUCAUGCUGAAACAGAUUGGCUAAGAUGCGUGUGCUGAUUUGCAUGGUUUACUCUCAUAUGCUAGGAGCGUGUAAAGUUUGUAUAGAGCGUAGUGACGUUGCAAAUCAUCUUGCUGGCACUGUUCCUUGGCCGGAACGAAGUGAACAUACGUUAUCUUGCUGGCACUGUUCCUUGGCUGGAACGGAGUGAACAUACGUUGUUAAGACUGCCAACUUUCAUGUUGUAUGUGUGUGCUAAUGCUGAAAUGUUUGUUCGUUGCUGUAUAUACCAGUCUGCUGCUUGUAAAUACUACUUAUACGGAGAGGUUCUUUUUGUAGCCAUGAUUACGCCGUGUGGAUAUAAUAUACAGUCAUAUGUACCUUAUUUCCCGGUCUAAAUCUUUAUUGCUUACAAAGCUGCAACAAUGGGAAAUUCAUGAAAUAUCAACAAAAAAAAUUCAUGUACUUAAAAAACCUGUUUCGCCUAACUUUCACAUACUGCUUAUUAAUCUCAUUGUGUCAAAUAUCUGAGUAGUAUGUGAACAUUACAUUACAUUACAUGUCUAGAAGAGAUCUAGACGACGUGGUA